GCAGAGUACAUGGGAGUUCACCCAACAUUUCACGUGCAGUUUGUGUUGUUGCAUUUGUAGUUAGCGUUUGUUUUCGUGUCAAAGUUAGUAACUCAGGAAUAUAAAUGACGUUCAAUUAUGCAAGGGUGAACUCACGUAUCAUGAAUAUUGUGCAAUGUCGUUCAAUACUUGGAGGUUUAAACAACCUGCAUCUGCCUUUAAAGAGAUGUUUAUCAUUUAAUGGUUGGUCCAAAGACACGAACAGCACAAUGACAAAAGUUGAAACUGACGCCGAGCGCAUCGUCGGUUUCCCAACCUCGUUCCUCAGUCUACGAGCUCUACUGAGCGAUGAACUAAGUGCGGUUGCUUUGCAUUUGAGGAAACUUGUGAGGACAAAACAUCCGCUGCUUAAAACUGCAAGAGGAAUUCUCUUCGAUUCGAAACACAAUGUUCAAACACGAGGUCUCAUCGUUUUACUUUUUGCCAAAUCGAUUGCACAACACAAGAGUGCAAGUUUGAACUUAAAUGAGAUUUAUAAUAGCCAAAGAACCUUAGCAGAGUUGACAGAGUUGAUCCACACAGCGUUCCUGGUUCAUCGUGGAUUGACAGGCGUUGAUACUUUGAUGAAACAAGAUUCAAACAACUCGCGAUCCGAAAUGGAGUUGGGAAACAAAAUGGCGGUUCUUAGUGGAGACUUCCUACUCGCUAAUGCUUGUGUUGCGUUGUCAGAACUUAGGAACUCAAAAGUGGUCAACAUGAUGUCAUCAUCCAUAGCAGAUAUGUCGCACGGGUUCUUCAUUCUUCCCGAGUCCGGUGAUUCUCCCGAUCCAACAUCCUUAUCCAUCCUCCCAACAUCCAGGAAAGAUUGGGAGGACGCCAUCUUCCUCUCACAGGGAAGUUUGAUCUCUAAUGCUUGUCUAUCAGCAGUUGAACUGGCCAAUCAAAAUGGAGAAUUUGCAGAAUGUGCUUCAAGUUUCGGGAAAAAUCUUAUUCUUGCUCAACAAGCAAGGGCGGACAUGCAGAGAAUAACUUGUAUCAACAAUAACACCAACAACAAUGGAAAUUUCAACCAUUAUUCGACGGAACUUUCCGCUCUACCUGUUGUUUUGUUGGCCAACAAACACGGAGGUUCUGAUUGGUUAAAAAACUUUGUUUAUGUUGAUGAUGUCACAAAUAUGUCAUUGGUGAUGAAACAAAAGUUGUCAUCAGAAGUUUCGAAACAAAACUCUGUUCUUGAAGAAUGUGAAGAAAUAUGCCGACAUCAUCGUGACUCUGCAUUAUCUGCGCUGAAUGUAUUACCACCGGGAGAGGCUAGAGAGUCGCUUAAAUUAUUAACGAAGACAUUUACAGCUUCGUAAUGAAUUGUUGCUAGGAAAUAAAGAUUAUUUGAUCAUAUUUAGAUUAAUUAUAAGUUUCGUGAAGUGACUUGUGUUAUUAAUGUUCGUUUUCAUAGAAACAGCAUUUUUAUCAAACUCGCAGAUAUUUGUCAUAUUUUAAACUAUGUUCUCGCAAAAUUCAAAUUUUGUUUUUACAUUUUUAGA